GGAAUCGUGGAAUUGGGUUCAGUGUGACAACUGUAUGAGUUUUAGACGACUGCCAGGUGACUUUGAUAUGGAUAAACUUCCAGAGAAAUGGUACUGCAAAAAUAACCCAGAUCCACUCUUCAACCGUUGUGAGAUACCUGAAGAGUUAGAGGGAGAAGAUGAAGAGAAAGUACAGCCAAAACCAACUUACACAAAAACAGUGCAGAAAAAGAAGGCAGAGAAGAAGCGCCAGGAAAAGCUGGAAGAGGAAAGGAAAGCGAGGGAGAAAGAGGAAGCUCUAAAUGCAGCAAAAGAAACAGCAGCAGAGGAAGCCAAACAGAAGGAAGAGGCCUUAAAAACUGCAAGAGAGAAGGAAGAAGCCUUAAAGGCAGUAGCAGAAGAAGCUAAGAGGAAGGAAGAAGCAUUAAAAGCAGCUAAAGAAGAAGCCUUAAAAAAGGAGGAGACACUUAAGAAACAGGUUGAAAAACAGAGGAAAGCUUUAGAAAAACAGAAGAAAGCACUUGACUACAUUAACCCAGAUCUUGCUACUGAAGAGAGAGCAAAGGGAAAUGCAUUAUUUAAGCAAGGGAAAUACAGUGAAGCACUGAAACAUUACGAAGAGGCAGUCAAAAGGAAUCCAAAAGAUGCCAAACUUCACAGCAAUAGAGCUGCUUGUUAUUCAAAACUGCAAGAGUUCAAUAGAGCAUUGGCAGCCUGUGAUGAUUGUCUCCAUAUAGAUCCAAAUUUUAUUAAAGGUUAUUUACAUAGAGGCAAUGUGUUGUUGAAUUACAUGAAUGACAAUACAGAGGCAGUCAGGGCAUACGAGAAAGCCCUGCAGUUGGAUCCUAAUUGUGCAGAAGCCAUAAAGGGAUUGCAAGCUUCGCAGGGGGAUGAAAGUUCUGAGGGUUUAGCAACGAGUUGGUUUGAGCCAUUGAAUAAUUCGUUAGAUAACACAGAAGUUUCCCCUGGGAAGCGAAAAUAUCCAGACAGAGAUGGAAGUGAUGACAGAAUAACUAGACAAAGAACAUCAGAAAAUGGAAAUCACCCUGUAACAACUAUGUCUUUUGGUGGUUUAAAUUUUGAAAGAAGUCCUGCUAAGAGGAAUUCACCGAAGAAAACAUUUCCAAAGCCAAGAACUGGCACAAAGUCUUCGCCGAGAACUGUUUCAAAGAGAAGUGUUGAAAGCACAAGUGGUACAAAUUCAGCUCGUAGUUCUAGUUCUACACCUUUGGCUAUACAUACUACACUUUCAGCUUCAUCUUCUAACGAGAUAAAUUCAGGUUUAAAUGUUACUGGUAACUGUUCAGAUUCAUUUAGCAAUGGCAAUACUCCACUUCAAAGUAGAAGUUAUACCAUUUCAAGCACUGGUUAUGCUGAAUCUGAUCAGUCACCAUUUUGUAACGGUACACCUGGUCUCAGUAAUAAUGUACCUACAGUUUGUGUAGAAGUUUCCAGCCCAGCUCAAACAGGGACAAAGUCAGCAACAUGCAAAACUGCUUUAAAUUUUGACAAUGCCAAUUCCAAUUUGAACAAUGCCAAUCCUGCCACAAACAGUGUUGAUGAUUCUAUGACAUCUGGCCAGGUUGGUAACGUUCCAAAUGAGGAACUAGCUGGUAUUGACAAUGGAUACACUGAAAUGGAAGCAGAUCCUGACAAAAAGCCAGAGGAAGGAGAAUUGGAGAGAAUGUUAACUGAGAUGGAUCAAGUUUUAAAUGGAACAUUACCAAAUGAAACUGAUGAGAAAAAAGUAUUCCAGCAUAAAGCAUCUCAAACUGUUCCAACUGUGGUAAAAUUUGCAAGUCCUAAUGAAGUGGAACUGUUGAAGCUGUGCCCAACGGAACAGAGGCAGCAAUUACUAGUGAAGACCAGGGAGCUUGAUGAAUUGAGAAGAAGUAUUUUGACAUUAAUGAAAAUUCUUCAACCUGAUUAUGAGUAUGGACCUCCUGAGAAUGUUGACAAGGUAAUAAAGGAGUUUAUUAAAGCAAACAAUGAGCAAAACAAUUCCAGUUGAAAGUGCGACUACUGAAGAAAACUGGAAACUUUAUGAUUCAGUGAAUUUUAGAUACUAAAGGUUAGAUUCAGAUAUGAAAUAGAUGUAGCUGAAAACCAAUACUUGUAUUAGCCUUACAGUACUUGUAAACAGUUGUUGGAAUUGAUGUGAUGAAAUAGUAUGGUAAUGAAUUAAGGCUUUUGUUUGACCGAAUUAAAUGUGUCUUUGAGA